AUGCAUCUGAAGCAACUCCCAUACACCUUCUGUGAUACAGUGGUCCUAGUCAUGCUCUUCCAAUGUCUUUGUCUGGAUAUUUAUGCUAUGGUAGACUCCCUUGAGAUAAAAAUUACCCCCCCUUCUGGCCCAUUUUUUAAUGCAAAACAGUGUUGGAUGGGUGCGUUUACCACAGAUCCUGAUGUCUGCAAGCAACUCUUUGAUGCACACAUCCCCAUAUGGCAAGUCUGGAAGCUGGAGUUAGUGCCAAAGGAUAUGAAGAUACAUCACAAGGUCAACAUUACACACCUGGAGGGUAUUAUCACUACCCCAGAUGAGUUCAAGGUUGGCCAAAUGCUCAAGUGGAAUGCUAGGUGGUAUUACCCUGGUGAUCCUAUGCAUGUCCACACCUGUGAAGCUCCAGUAGUGGGUCUUGAGCAAUUUGCAGCACCUUGGCCAGACCCAAUUCCUGCAGUGUUGACUUCCACAACCUCUGGCCCAGUGGCCUUGAAUACUGCGAGUUCCAGCACACCCAGCUCCACCUCAGGAGUUGUCAGAAUGGAUAGGGCUAAACAUCACAGUGGUCCAUAUAAUUCUGCAGGUUUGAAGAAGGCCAAGACUUCCACCACUCUGAACAUUGACUUGCUGCAGGAUUUUGAUGAUCCUGCCUUCCCUGCUCACAUUUACUCAUGGAACACUGUGCUUACUGAUGUCAACAAGGACCCCAAGAGAAUUCAUGCUGAGUUCAUGAAGGUUCAGCAUGAUGUACCAAGUCAUGUGCAGUUCUGCAAUAUUACAAUUGAUCUUGCAGACCUUGCUACCAUUGACUCAGUAACAAAGGGCAAGAUUCUCUGGGACCUGUAUGAGCACAAUUUCUGCUUCAAGCUGGUCACCCUGGACUGUCUGCUGGUGCCCACCCUCUGGUUGAGUGUGGAAUCUGAGUGGCUGGACCAAGUCCAUCAGAUCUUCCUGGGAGCAGGGCUGGGGUUGGAGGGAUCUACCCAAUUCCAACUUCAUCUAUGCCCACUGGACACAGCCCUGGCCCAGUCUACCUCUACCAGUCCUCCACUGGACCUGGCCAGUGUACCAAAGGACUACCAUGACUUUGCUGACAUCUUUAGCAAAGCCAAGGUGUCUACUCUUCCCCCACACCAGAGGUAUGACCUUGAGAUUGAAUUGGAAGAGGGUACUAACACCACCCAUUGGAACCAUCUACUCACUGUCCCUGGUCAAGCUGCAAGCUCUCCAGGCCUUCAUUGA